UCAGGUGUCAACAGUGAAAUAGACGACAGGUAGACAUAUCUGGGUCAGCCCGGGUGGAGGCGGGGCCUAGUUGGAAUAUAUCCCCUCACGGUAGUAUACUUGGUGGUGUCGAGAUACACACAGGCUCAGUGGGCACGACAGUCUGUUGUGAAUAACUCGUUUAUAUUUGGAGGUUUUUUGUGACAUUGUGACAGGCAUGUUUGCAUUUCUUUGAGGAAAUGUUUUUUUAAGGUGUGUGAAAUUCAAUUCGGAUUAUUGUAAAGUGGAGAUUUAUUUGGUUGGAAUGUGGACAAGUUUACAAGACUUCAGGAUUUGAAGAGGCAUGGAUUUUCACUGAUUAUUGUGGAGGAUGUAUGUAUAUGUGGGAUUUGCAUCAGAUGCAAAGAUUUGUUGAAACACCUGUGCGUCAAUGUGUUCAACAGGCUAAAACUGUGUCUCUGUAUGCAAAGUGAAGGUGUUCAUAGCUUGCAGCAUUUGGAACAUCCAUUCGAUGCCAUUAUAUAAUGUAAUACAGGGAAGAGUUAUACAUCAGUCAUUAGUUGUGUAGCAGACUCGAGUUGAAUCUAGCUGUUGCUGAAUAUAUGGGGGUCCAGCCUGAGCACAGACAAACUUGGAUUUUUUAGCUGCUAAUGUUUAUUUUAAUUUUGAAAUUUUCAAUCUCCAUAUUGUUUUCAUUUGUCUCAUAGGAACUACGGUAAUCAAGAUUUAAUUUUUGUCAAAUCCAAAAAUUAAGAAAAAAAAUACUUUAAUUUUUCUUGAAUUGAAGUUUACAAAGUUUAAUCUAUGUUUGGUUUUUAGUUUUAACAUAAGAAAUAAGUUUUCAAAGUUGAAAUAUUUUUUCAGUUUCUCAUUCUUACCUGACCAUUCAGAAAUCUUCCUGAAAAUUUUAAAUUUGAAUGUUACCGUAAUCAUCCCUUUUAAGGUUUUUGUUCUGUGUUUUGUAAGCCAGUUAGGGGAAGCCAGAUUGUAAGUCUAUUUCUGUUUGGGCCCACUUAGCUGCUUUAGAGUAAACAGCAACAUUUGUUGAAAUGGGCGUUUAAGAUGACAUGCUGGAGCGAGAGCCUGUAAUACACUGUCAAUACCACUUGAUGGGCUCAUUCAUUCCACAUUACUAACAAUAUCAGGCCUGACAAAGACAUUGUUUGAAUAUUUGAAGAAGUAAUUUUCAUCUGUUGAUGUUAAAUAGAUGCCUAUAUUCAGCACUGACUGAAGUUAUAAUAGAACACCUAGCAUUGAAAUCAAAUACAGAGAAUAGAAGUAACAUGAGAACUUCUCAGCAGGAUUGAAAAAAUAAUUUGGCAUGAUGAAAUGUAUUUGUAAGCAUUACUUGACUUAUGAUCAGCAUUUUCUAGAAAUACCCUCUUCAGAAUUAUAACAAGAAACACAAGUUUGGUGUACUCAAGUGCUGGGUAUUUCUGUGUAGAGGGUUUUGGAGUUGGGAGGAGUUGGGAUCGUUGCCCAUAUCCUACAGGGUAACACGUAUAUAUUGACACAGGUAUUCUCAGGUGUGUCCACAGGCUGAAACAUUCUUGUCGCGACAUUUGGAUUCUGUCGUCUUCUCCCAAAGCGUGUUCUGAGGCACUUGUUACGUGUUCUGUCUGUAUUUACGUGUCUGUGUGCUCAUUAACACAAUGGCUGCAAAGAUGCUCCGACUUCAGUCUCUCAACGAGACGACUGACAGCCACUUGUUCCAGCGACGCCGGAUCCACGCAACCCAGGACAGUGAUGAUCCUCUCGACCAGGCUCUCGCGACGCUCAACCUGCUGAGAUUUGAUCAAGAAAGCACAAACAUGUCCCUGGGCAAUGCAAUAUGCCGAAGGUGCGGCGAUGGCUUCUCUGCCACAGAACAGAUCGUCAAUUCCAAUGGAGAAGUCUGGCAUACCCAGUGUUUCGUCAAUGGAUCCAGUGAGCCGCGAGGGGCCAUGUGCUCUAAAUGCGGAGAGGAUAUUGAGGCACAAGAACAAAUGGUUAACUACCACGGCCAAGUUUGGCAUCCGUCAUGUUUUGUCUGUGCCCAGUGCUUUCAACCAUUCCCGGAGGGGAUUUUCUAUGAGUACGAGGGCAGGAAGUAUUGUGAACAUGACUUCCACGUCCUCUUCGCCCCCUGCUGCGGAAGCUGUGGCGAGUUCAUCAUCGGCCGCGUUAUCAAGGCUAUGAACAACAGCUGGCACCCAGACUGCUUCCGCUGUGAGCUGUGUACUGGACCUCUGGCGGAUGCCGGCUUCGUCAAGAACGCCAACAGGGCACUGUGUCGAGAGUGUAACGCCAAAGAAAAAGCCAAAGGACUUGGCAAAUAUGUCUGCCACAAGUGCCACUCAAUAAUUGAGGAGGGGCACAUCAAGUUCAAGGGGGAGGCAUAUCACCCCUACCACUUCAACUGCCACUCCUGUGGCCAGGAGCUCCAGUCUGACGCCAGGGAAAAGGGCAGUGAGCUGUACUGUCUGCGGUGCCAUGACAAGAUGGGGAUACCCAUCUGUGGAGCUUGUAGACGUCCUAUAGAGGAGCGUGUGGUCCACGCUCUAGGCAAGUCUUGGCAUGUCGAGCAUUUUGUUUGUGCAAAAUGUGAGAAGCCGUUCUUGGGGACUCGGCAUUAUGAGAAGAAAGGUCUGGCCUACUGUGAACUCCACUACCAUCAACUGUUUGGAAACAUCUGUUUUGUGUGCAACAACAUCAUCAACGGGGAUGUGUUUAGUGCCUUCAACAAAGCCUGGUGUGUCAACCAUUUUGCCUGCUCCAUCUGCGACCGCAAGAUGAGUCAGAAAACCAAGUUCUUUGAAUUUGAUCUGAAGCCUGUAUGCAAAUUCUGCUACGACCGGUUCCCGGGGGAACUCAAGAAGAGACUGAAGAAGGCCUACGAUGAGGCAGCAAAGAAGUGAACAUUACACAAUCAUCAGGAGGAUGCCUUAGCAAUGUCUAGUCUGCCGCGCACAAGGGGGGACCACUCCCCUUGUCAAGGGAGACUACUCUGCUGACUUUGCAUGCAAGUUCGGUUUUGAGAAAGCUGAUCUGACAGUCAGCUUUUUAUGUCAUAAUAGACUGGUCGUAGUCAGAUCGUAGCACGAAGGACAAAUAUAGGUCUAGAUAAAACAUAUAAUGGCAUGUGAUACAUUUUUAUGCUAUUUAUUUGAAGGAGCAUUUAUGAAAAACAUGGUACAGUGGUAUUCAAGUGUAUGUUUGUAUUUUUAAGCAUGGUCCGAGUAUGCUAUCAUUGUAAUGUCUCAGUAAACCCUUCAUACUGUGCAGGUGCUCAUUAUAGAACUUAUAUCAAACACUGACUCAGAUUUAUAAUAAGCAAAAAUGUACCUUUUCUCAGUCAAGCAAGAAACAAGCAACACAAACGCCUCAUUAAUUUCAUUCCUAGCCAAAAUGUCCAUUUCUUUGAAUGCAUUUUGAAUGUUUUCAGAAAGUUAUUUCAUUGUUAGGAUUUAUUCACAUGAUGUGUUCCUGGAUUACUUGCUCUGAAAGUUAGACAGAUAAUGAAGGCAGGAAGAAAUGAGGGAUGAAUGUGGCGUGACAUCGGUGCUGAAAUGGCUAUAAUUUCUGUCAGUGACGCAUGUCAGAGCGACGUCAGAUGAGCCGCUGUCACAAGGGAGUCCACAAAUGAUAUCAGUUUAAACAGGUUGGAGAAUUCCUGGCAAUAUUGUUGCAGGAGAACACCAUAUACCGGUAUUUCAACUCCUUCAUUGCUCAAGGAUUAAUGUUUCCUUCUUUUUUCAUUUUGUGUCGAUUAUUGCUAAUGCAGUUCUUCAAAUCGUUUCUUGAGAUAGACAAUUUCUUUGAUACGAAGUUAAUAUUUUUAGUUAAGUUUUCUGUCUACAAACUUUGUAAGGUGAUCCGUGCCUUGUUUGUUGAUAAGCCUGUGUAAGGCUACAAAUAAAUAAUAGUCUUGGUUCUCAGACACCGCCCGCAUCAUCAUAAGGUUAGCCGCACAUUUCAUUUUUAUUUCCAUUUUAAACAAAAAAAGAAAUAUCCUUAAAUAUUGCAAGUCUAAUAAUAGUCAAAUACUCUAUUCCAGUAUUUUACUCAUCAAGGAAUACAUUUAUGUAGGAAGUCCUUCCCCAGGUUGAUUGUACACAACUGUUUAUUUGCUUACACAACUGUUUAUUUGGUUACAUAUUAGUUUGAACAACAAAAAACACCACCUCUCCGCAUUACAUUUUCAGAAGCCGUUGCCUGAGAACCAAUUCAUUUAUUUUGUUUAAGUCUGAUCUGUCUUUCAUAUGAAACUUUAUGCAGUUGAGAUAAUGUUUGAAAAGGUGUGAUACCUAUCUGAAAGUGAGGCUUUUCCAAGAGCUGUUUCCUUUCUGUCUUUUUGUUGUUGUAAUUCAUCCAACAUCCAACAGUUCCCAGACUUUGUUGAUAUGCUUACAAUGUUUUUACAUUGAUUAAAUAUUAUCUUUGAAAUAUUUAAAGAUAUGGUAAUCUGUGAUCAAUAUCAUUGAUAUCACUGACAUAACGUGACUUGUUGUGAAAAUGUAGAUUGUAGUUAACUUAGUUUUUAAGAUUUUUAGAAUGAACUUGAUGAAUCAGCAGAUACUACCUCAAACAUUGUUUCAUCUUUUACCACACUGGAACAAGUAUCCUGCCUUUACGAUCCCAUCAAUGGUAGCAGUUAUCAUCAGUUAACAUUUCAUGAUAUUGAAAUAAAAACGGAUUAAAAGGCCCAUCCUUUCCAUUUUAUCAACAAAAUUUUCAGUCUACAAUUUCAGUUUUUUAGAAAAUGAAACCCAAAAAAUGUUUUUUCAUGGAGUUCAAUGGAUGGUUUGUUUUUGCUGUAAGUUGUUUCUGAACACAAAGUCAUGAAAUUGUUACUGGAAUUCAUCUGUUGACAAGGAGGAUGCUCCAUCAAUCUUCAUCCGAUCCCUGGCACCUGCCAUACAUCAUGUACCCAUUACUAAGACUCUCUGCUGGGCUCUGUUGCCAUCUGUUAGUGUAUGUAAUAGUAGAUACCUCAUCUAAUGUAUACAUUGUUGUCUAAUUCUGUUAUGAUCAUAGGAAUGUAUUAUGUAAUGAAUUUUAUCAGCUGAUGUUUCUCAUGUACUGCCACCUUCACGUUUAAUAACAACCAUAAUAAUGAACUAUUUUCAGCUUUGUGUCGGGUUAUUAAAAAAAAAUUGAAAUGAUAUUUGUGGAAAGGAAGACAAAAUUUAGCAGGAAAAUUAUUAUAGGCAAGUCCAUCUUUAACAGAAUUCCAAGCACUCUGUAUAGACUUGGAGUCAAUAGCUGUUAACACUAGCCAUGGAAGAUCAAAUAGUUCAGAUUUGGUCCAGAAUGACAACCAUGGCUUGGCUUCAAGGAUGAAGAACUUACAUUUGUCUCUCCUGCUAUUGAAGCAUCAGUAACAUUUGUCAAGAUGAUAUUUUUACUUGAAGAUCAAGGAAUCUGUUGUCUGAUCAUACACAUAAAAAAUGGCCAUCUGUCUUCAUUAGUCUUUCAAAAUUCAUAAACGGAGAACAAUGUAUUGAUUCCUUUUUUUAAGUCUGAGUAUUCACCCAUUCCCUGUUGGUAUAGAGUUCAGGUCUUAAAGCGUGUUUACAUAAAUAUCUCAUUACCAUCCCGCUCCUAAUUUGUAUUUUCAAUUCAAAUUUCGUUUUGUUACGGCAUCUAACAUUUUGGAGCUGCAGGGGGUUUCACCAAAAGAGACAAUAUCGUACAUUAGGAUCGAUACUUACACAGAAUGGUAGCCUACAAAAGAGACAAUAUCGUACAUUAGGAUCGAUACUUACACAGAAUGGUAGCCUACAAAAGAGACAAUAUCGUACAUUAGGAUCGAUACUUACACAGAAUGGUAGCCUACAAAAGAGACAAUAUCGUACAUUAGGAUCGAUACUUACACAGAAUGGUAGCCUACAAAAGAGACAGUAUCGUACAUUAGGAUCGAUACUUACACAGAAUGGUAGCCUACAAUAGAAGUAAAAUAUCAAAAGAUGACCCACCCUCCUUACCAAGUCCGUUCAAGUCAUGAGAAACAAGAGUAUUUUUUUGUAACUGGCCAAAACAUGAAUUGUAAAUAGUUUGUACACAUAGACAUCAACAACGUGUUACUGUUGUGUUAACAGAUUCAUGUGUGAGUGUUGAGAAUCUUGAACUCGGAUAUUUCUGGUUACCUCAUAUUUUCCACUGGUCUGACAAGAGUUAUCCCCCCUGUACAAGUUGCUUCCCGAUCCCAUGCAUGGCUUUAUGAAUAAAUGGGCUGUUACUAUA